GUUACUUACGUCCUAUUGAAAAUUUUCUCUAGAUUUAACCAUCAACGAUAAAGCCAGUGAAGCACGCCGAAAACGAAACAACAACAAUAAAACGUUUGCCGCUGAUUUGCGGAUUUCAUUCAAUCAUUUUAAACCGUCGUAAAAUAGAGAUGGAACCGGUGGCUACUUCUACCGAAAAGUUGCCACACGAGCACGAUACCAAGAACGAAUCGCCCAGCAAAAAAGGUCGACAUCGUAAAAAAUACAAGUUCAAUGCUAUUCGGUCGCAGAUGGAGUUCUAUUUUUCGGAUGCCAAUCUGUCCAAGGAUCGAUAUCUGGGACAAUGUAUCAAAAAUGAUCCAUUUGUAGCCUUGUCGGAAUUUCUUAAAUUCAAUCGCAUUAAAAAACUUACCGAUAGUGUCGAGGAUAUUGUAAUAGCUUUAAAAAACUCCGAGCUGUUGCAGCUGUCAGAAGAUCGCAGCAAGGUUCGUAGGAUAACCGAACACACGGAGCGUCCGAACUGCGAAGAAUGUACUAUAUACGUUGAAUGUCUCCCCCCGAAGGCUGACCACGACUGGGUGCGGAAUGUUUUUUCCGCCUAUGGUAAGGUGGCGUAUGUGUCACUGCCAAAAUUUAAGUAUUCGAAGAAAAUCAAAGAGUUUGGGUUUAUCGAAUUCGAGAAGGAAUCCAGCGUACAAAAAGCUUUAAAGACAUUUCAGGCGUUUGGCGGGGUACUAACUUACGAAGGCACGGAGCCGGAUAAACUGGUUAGUAUUACCAGUUUUAAGCAGGAAAAGGAGGAAGAAAUGAAAAUGAGGGAAACUGGCGAGGACACAGCAAAAAACGACGGACAGCAAGAUGACAACAAAGAUCAGUCGGAGAUGACAGAAAAUAAAGAUGAAGAUUUUUUGAUGCCUCCGCCGAAACGACUCAAAAGGGAUGAUGGCGACAGUUCAGAUACGGAUACCAAUAAAGAUAGUGGAAACGAAGACUUUCACAGCGAAAAUGAAGUUUGCAAAGAUGAAGAGAAGGCUCACGAAGAGGAUACAAAGAAAAAAAGACGACGUCGUAGAGGACCUAGUGGAAUUAAGAAGGAAAUUCAACAGGAUGACAAAGUUUACGAGCUUAAAAUUAUGGCCAAAAAAGAAUGGCGACGACUACGUAAUAAAUAUCUAAACUUGCAAAGAGUAGAAGCAAAGAAAUUAAAAAAAUUGUUCAACUCUACGAAAUUCAGUAAGCCUAACCAAAGUCGAACGCCGAAUCAAUCGACGUCCGUUGCAAAAACUGUUAGAUCAUCGCCGCGGGUCAAUUUUUAUGGUGCUCUAACGGACGAAGAGGCAGCAGCGGAAGCUAUCAAACUCGAAGAACAGGACCAACAGAACAAACAGCCACUGUUCUCGUUUGAACCUGGGUUGAUAGUUAACAUAAAAUUCCGCGUGCCAUGCGCCAACAUCAAGGACUUCAAGGCAGAACUGAAGCAAUAUGCAUAUGUAAAAUACAUUGAUCUGAGAGAAGGCGACAUGGAAACAUUCGUGCGAGUGGAUAAGCCCAGCUCGGCCAAUCAGCUGGUAAAAGAGUACGGCAUGGCGGAGUACAGUGCACAAAUAUUGAGCGGCGAGAAUGAGAAAACCUAUUGGGAUAAGAUUAAACGAGACCGGGAGGACAAGCUGAACAAGAAAGUCAAGGUGGAAAAACUGCGCGGGCGGACAAAACUGCUGAAAAAGGUUAAUACUCACAUCAAAUUUGAGGAUGAUGAUUGAAUUGGAUUUCAUAGCUUAGUUUUAAUAAAUGGAAACUUGAGAAUUACGGGCGGAUAAUGAGUUGUAAUCAUACGAAUCGCAUUUAUUUUGAAUUUGGAUUAACAUAUAAUGUGAAAAGAACAUAAAUGUUUCAUCGAUCAAAUCUGUUAAUACCCGAAAGUCCAUUUUACAAGUAGCCUACAUGUCUUAAAAUUGCAAUAAAAAGGCCAAAAAAUCGACUACGGAAUCACUGCAUGCCGAUUUUUUGCGUAAUUUUUCAUUAAGUUCAACGAAACAAAACUCAAUUCCAUUUUCUAAAAGAAUCAAUCAGGUUCGAAUAUAUCUCAAACAAAAUUGAAACAUAAAUGUUGGAUUCGCAUUUAAGCAUUACACUAUUCAGGAUAU